AAACUCGAAUGUGAACGACGGCGGUGGACGUGUUGCAGGAUAUUUCGAGGAAUCGAGCGUGUGUAUUAAAGUCACCGCGCGUUGCCCAUCUACCGAACGACGGAGGCUUUGCAUUGGGAAUACGUCAAUUUUCAAUCUGAUCGCAACGGUAUGUAGCACGCGCCCAACUCAAUAAAACAGGAAGAUGAAUAUGUCAAUGUCACUAAUAUUUUCUGUAUUUCUUGGAAUUGUGUGUGCUGUUACAGCAUUAAAAGAAGGUGAUUGCGAAGUAUGUGUCGCCGUUGUGGAUAAAUUUAGUCAGACACUAAUGGCAGACAUUAAAAGUGAACCCAAGAAGAUUGAAGAAAAAUUCCGAGAAUUCUGUAAAGGCACUAAAUCAAAAGAAAAUAGAUUUUGUUAUUAUUUAGGUGGAUUAGAAGAAUCUGCCACUGGUAUUUUAGGUGAACUCAGUAAACCACUAUCGUGGUCUAUGCCUGCAGACAAGAUAUGCGAGAAAUUAAAGAAGAGAGAUGCUCAAAUAUGUGAUUUAAGAUUCGAGAAACAAAUUGAUCUCAAUACGGUAAAUCUGAAGAAGCUGAAGGUACGUGACUUAAAAAAGAUUUUAAAUGAUUGGGAAGAGACAUGUGACGGUUGUAUAGAGAAGACGGACUUUAUUAAGCGGAUUGAAGAGCUCAAACCUAAAUACUUUAGCAGCAGCUCAAAGACGGAACUCUGAAGGAUUAUCUUUAAUUUAGACAAGCAAUUAAGUUAGGAUGGCUAAAAGUUCUUUCUUCAAUCUACGGAAGAAUUGUUUACAGCAUUUAGGAUAUGUAUUAUCCGUGUCAAUAUACGAUUUGCGUACAGCUUUGUUCUGGAAAUGUUUGUCUUUAAUGACAGUCUCUUUGGCAGACAUUUAGUUUCCAUUAAAUGUAAUAGAGUAUA